CUCCUGCAAACACGGGCUGGGACAGCUCUGCUCUGCUGUGGCUCUGACCGAGGCUCCUUUCCCUGGCUGGAUAAACUCUCUCUCCAGGCUAUCUCUCUGUUUCUCUGAGCCCAGGCAGCAGCCUCGCCCUGGGGGUGCAGUCAUAGGAAGUUGUGGAGCCGCGUGGGGUUGGGUUUCAGGAUGGACCAGGCUGUAGUAGGCUUGGAUCUGGGAAACUGGGUCAUCGUCCGGCUCUACUGAGGGGGCUAGUGAGCGAUGCCUGUUUGGACCUGGAGUGAUGGGGUGCACCACCAGUGUGGUUGUGUUUGACGGACUGCGUACAGUCUUAGAGAGGAACUGUGGGUACAUCUGCAAAAGUGGUGCAGCCGAGCCCGUUGGGCAGACUGAGGCUGAACAAGCAGCAUGCAGCCGGAGAGAGUCCCGGGUCCCAUGGCCAACACCGAGAGUACUGAAGGUGAAGCCCAAGGUGAUCGAGCCGCUGGACUAUGAGAGUGUGCUGGUCCAGAGGAAGACCCAGAUCCUCAGUGAUGUCCUCCGGGACAUGCUACAGUUCCCCCUGGAGGACUUCCUGAUUGCGACUCAGAGACGCCAAGGAAGAACUCUCUACCCCACAGUGCCUGAGAAUGCCGAGAAGGAGGCGCAGAGUCUGUUUGUCCAAGAGUGCAUCAAGACCUACAACUCUGACUGGCAUGUUGUUAAUUACAAGUAUGAGGACUACUCCGGGGACUUUCGACAGCUUCCAAACAAAGUGUCCAGACCAGACAAACUGGCUGUCCAUGUUUUUGAGGUGGAUGAAGAUGUCGAUAAAGAUGAAGACACAGCCUCUCUAGGUUCCCAGAAAGGAGGGAUCACCAAGCAUGGCUGGCUGUACAAAGGCAACAUGAACAGUGCCAUCAGUGUCACCAUGAGGUCUUUCAAGAGGAGGUAUUUCCAUCUAACCCAGCUGGGUGAUGGCUCUUACAACCUCAACUUCUACAAGGAUGAGAAGAUCUCCAAAGAACCCAAAGGAACCAUCUUCCUGGACUCCUGUAUGGGAGUUGUUCAGAAUAACAAGGUGCGGCGUUUUGCCUUUGAGCUAAAGAUGCAGGACAAGAGCACGUACCUGCUGGCUGCAGACAGUGAGGGAGAGAUGGAGGACUGGAUCAGCACUCUCAACAAGAUCCUCCACAGCAGCUUCGAGAUCGCCAUGCAGGAGAAGAGGAACGGGGACAUCCACGAUGAUGACGAGUUGGGAAAGGCAGACAGUUCGUUGGGGAGUAUGGACAGCUUUCAGAGUGCAAGAGAUAUUGAAUCUAAAAUGAGGAACGAGACCAGAUUGAAACUGUUCACCUUGGACCCUGACACACAGAAACUUGACUUCUCAGGGAUUGAGCCUGAUAUAAAGCAGUUUGAGGAGAAGUUUGGCAAGCGCAUUUUGGUGAAUUGCAAUGACCUGGCCUUCAACCUGCAAAGCUGUGUAGCGGAGAACGAGCUGGGACCAACAACAAACGUGGAGCCAUUCUAUGUGACCCUGUCGCUGUUCGACAUCCAGAACAGCAGGAAGAUCUCGUCAGACUUCUACGUGGACCUGAAUCACCCGUCCGUCAGACAACUGGUGCCCAACCCCAGCAGCCAGUACAUUAACGGGGGAGGGGACGCUCUGCCGGGGGCGCAGAGGGGGGUCCACGGCCUGCCUGAGGGGGCCAUGCAGUACCCCAGACAGGGAGUGUUCUCUGUAACUUGUCCACACCCAGAUAUCUUCCUGGUGGCUCGCAUUGAGAAGGUCCUCCAGGGGGGAAUCACCCACUGUGCUGAGCCCUACAUGAAGAGCUCAGACUCCACCAAGGUGGCACAGAAGGUCCUGAAAAAUGCCAAAUUGGCCUGCAGCCGGUUGGGCCAGUACAGGAUGCCUUUUGCAUGGGCCGCCAGGCCUCUGUUCAAAGAUGCAUCGGGGACGCUGGAUAAAAGUGCUCGUUUCUCCGCCAUCUACAGACAGGACAGCAACAAGCUGUCCAAUGACGACAUGUUCAAACUGCUGGCUGACUUCAGAAAGCCAGAGAAGAUGGCCAAGCUCCCUGUAAUCUUAGGAAACCUAGACGUUACCAUUGACAAUGUUGCCCCUGACUUGACAAAUUGUGUUACCUCAUCCUACAUUCCUGUGAAGACUUUUGAGAGCAGUGAGAAGACGAACAUCUUCUUUGAAGUGGAGGAGUUUGUUCCCUGCAUAGCCAAGUGCUCCCAGCCGUUCACCAUCUACAACAAUCACCUCUACGUCUACCCCAGGCAUCUGAAGUACGACAGCCAAAAAUCCUUCACAAAGGCUAGAAACAUAGCUGUCUGCAUUGAGUUCAAGGAUUCGGAUGAGGAGGAUGCUGUUUCGCUCAAGUGCAUCUAUGGUCGACCAGGAGGACCCCUGUUUACCAAAAAUGCAUUUGCUGCAGUAUUACAUCACCAGCAUAGCCCAGAGUUUUAUGAUGAGUUUAAGAUAGAGCUGCCCACCCAGCUAAAUGAGAAGCACCAUCUGCUGUUCACCUUCUUCCACGUCAGCUGUGACAGCAACAGCAAGGCCAGUACCAAGAAGAGAGAUGUGGUGGAGACACAAGUCGGUUACGCCUGGCUGCCUCUGCUGAAGGAUGGCAGGGUGAUCAUGAAUGAGAGUCACGUCCCCGUGGCUGCCAACCUGACCGCUGGCUACCUCAGCUGUCAGGAGGGUGUCAGCAAGCAGCAUCCUGAAAUCAAAUGGGUGGAUGGAGGCAAGCCUUUGUUCAAGGUGUCCACUCACCUUGUCUCCACCGUGUAUACUCAGGAUCAACAUUUGCACAAUUUCUUUGCCCACUGUCAGAGCACAGAGUCUGCAGCUCAGGUGGCGGGAGGAGAGCUGGUCAAGUAUCUGAAGAGUCUUCAUGCUAUGGAAAGUCACGUGAUGGUUAAGUUCCUGCCCACCACUCUCAACCAGCUGUUCCGGGUGUUGACAAUUGCCACCCUUGAGGAGGUGGUCGUCAACGUCACCAGAGUCAUGAUUCACAUUGUUGCCCAGUGCCACGAAGAGGGGUUGGAACACUAUCUACGAUCAUAUGUCAAGUAUGUGUUUAAGACCGAGCCACACACAGCAACCACCACGAGAACAGUGCAUGAGGAGCUGGCCAAAGCCAUGACUGCAAUUCUAAAGCCUUCCACAGACUUCCUCACCAGCAACAAGCUGCUCAAGUACUCCUGGUAUUUCUUCGAAGCCUUAGUAAAGUCCAUGGCCCAAUACUUGAUUGAGAGCAGUAAAGUCAAGCUGUCCAGGAACCAGCGUUUCUCGGCCGGCUUCCACCACACGGUGGAAACCCUGGUCAACAUGAUGAUGCCCCACAUCACCCAGAAGUACAAGGACAACCUGGACGCAGCCCGGAACGCCAACCACAGCCUGGCUGUCUUCAUCAAGCGCUGUUUCACCCUCAUGGACAGAGGCUUUGUCUUCAAACAGAUCAACAACUACAUCAACUGCUUUGUGCCUGGAGACCCCAAGACUCUGUUUGAGUUCAAGUUUGAGUUCCUGCGUGUCAUAUGCAACCACGAGCACUACAUCCCCUUGAAUCUGCCCAUGCCUUUUGGAAAGGGGAGGAUACAGAGAUUUCAAGCUUUACUUUCUCCCAACAUGGAGUCAUACAAUACUCCUGUAGACCUCCAGUUGGACUACUCGCUGACAGACGACUUCUGUAAGAACCACUUCCUUGUUGGGCUGCUGCUGCGGGAGGUUGGCGGGGCCCUGCAGGAGUUCCGAGAGAUCCGUCAGAUAUCCAUCCACGUGCUCAAGAACCUGAUGGUCAAGCACACCUUUGACGAUCGCUACACCUCCAAGAGCCAGCAGGCUAGGUUGGCAACUCUCUACCUGCCCCUGUUCGGUUUACUCCAGGAGAACGUCAACAGGCUCAAUGUGAAGGAAGUCUCCCCAUUCACCAUCAACCACUCCAACAAUAAUGGAAGAGAUGACCCACUCAUGGGCAACUCCAUGAUGAUGACGCCUCCACGCUCCAGUACUUUGUUAGACAACAGUUUGCACAAGGAUGUGUUUGGGGUCAUCUCUGGCACCGCUUCCCCGCACGCGUCCUCCACCCCCAACAUUAACUCUGUCCGCCACGCUGACUCCCGGGGCUCCCUCAUCAGCACUGACUCUGGCAACAGUCUUCAUGAGAAGAGCAACGAUAAGACCAACUCUCUGGACAAGAACCAGCCAGCCUCAGCCCUGGGCAGCAGCCUACUGCGCUGUGACAAACUGGACCAGGCUGAGAUCAAGAGCCUGCUCAUGUGCUUCCUGCACGUCCUCAAGAGCAUGUCUGAGGAUGCCUUGUUUACAUACUGGAACAAGGCCUCAUCUGCUGAGCUCAUGGACUUCUUCACACUAGUAGAGGUGUGUCUCCAUCAAUUCAGAUACAUAGGAAAAAGAUCCAUCGCAAGGAACCAGGAAGGGGUGGGACUCGUAGCAGCACAUGAGCGGAAGUCUCAGACUCUGCCUGUGUCCCGUAACAGGGCGGGAAUGAUGCAUGCCCGCUUACAGCAACUCAGCAGCCUGGAUAACUCAUACACUUUUAACCACACCUAUAGCCACUCUGAUGCUGACGUGGUGAACCAAUCGGUCCUGGAAGCUAACAUUGCCACGGAGGUCUGCCUCACCGUGCUGGACACUCUCAGCAUCUUCAUCAUGGGAUUCAAGACCCAACUCUGUUCGGACCAUGGCCACAACCCGCUCAUGAAGAAGGUGUUCGAGGUGCACCUCUGCUUCCUGCAGAUCAACCAAUCAGAGACAGCCCUCAAGCAGGUCUUCACCUCGCUGCGCACUUUCAUCUACAAGUUCCCCUGCACCUUCUUCGAGGGCCGAGCGGACAUGUGUGCUUCGUUCUGCUACGAGAUCCUGAAGUGCUGCAACUCCAAGCUGAGCUCCAUCCGCAGUGACGCUGCCCACCUCCUCUACUUCCUCAUGAAGAGCAACUUUGACUACACCGGGCGCAAGUCCUUCGUCCGCACUCACCUACAGGUGGUGAUCGCCGUCAGUCAGCUGAUCGCUGACGUUAUCGGUAUCGGAGGAACCCGCUUCCAACAGUCCCUGUCCAUCAUCAACAACUGUGCCAACAGUGACAAAACCAUCAAGAACACCGCUUUCCCGUCAGAUGUGAAGGACCUGACCAAGCGGAUCCGGACAGUCCUGAUGGCCACGGCUCAGAUGAAGGAGCAUGAGAGGGACCCGGAGAUGCUGGUGGACCUGCAGUAUAGCCUUGCCAAGUCCUACGCCAGCACGCCCGAACUCCGCAAGACCUGGCUGGACAGCAUGGCUCGCAUCCAUGUGAAGAAUGGAGACCUGUCUGAGGCAGCCAUGUGUUAUGUGCACGUGGCGGCACUGGUGGCCGAGUAUCUCCGGAGAAAAGGCAUGUUCAAGCAGGGUUGCUCAGCCUUCCGGGUGGUCACUCCCAACAUUGAUGAAGAGGUGUCCAUGAUGGAGGAUGUGGGCAUGCAGGAUGUCCACUUCAACGAGGAUGUCCUGAUGGAGCUGUUGGAGGAGUGUGCUGAUGGCCUGUGGAAGGCUGAGCGCUAUGAGCUCAUCUCAGACAUCUACAAGCUCAUCAUCCCCAUCUACGAGAAGCGUAGGGACUUUGAGAAACUGGCUCACCUGUACGACACGCUCCAUCGUGCCUACAGCAAAGUGACAGAGGUCAUGCACACGGGCAAGAGGCUGCUGGGAACAUAUUUCAGAGUGGCUUUUUUUGGCCAGGCAGCGCAGUACCAGUUUACUGACUCUGAGGCUGAGGGAUUCUUUGAGGAUGAAGAUGGUAAAGAGUAUAUCUACAAAGAACCCAAAUUCACCCCACUGUCAGAGAUAUCUCAGAGGCUACUCAAGCUCUACUCUGACAAGUUUGGCCCAGAGAAUGUUAAGAUCAUUCAGGACUCUGGGAGGAUAAACCCUAAAGAUCUAGACUCAAAGUAUGCCUACAUCCAGGUGACCCAUGUCACCCCAUUCCUGGAAGAGAAGGAGCUGGUGGACAGGAAGACAGACUUUGAGAAGAGCCACAACAUCCGGCGCUUUGUCUUCGAGAUGCCCUUCACCGUGUCGGGGAAGAAGCAGGGAGGGGUGGAGGAGCAGUGCAAACGCAGGACCAUCCUCACCACAACACACUGUUUCCCCUAUGUGAAGAAACGUAUUGCGGUGAUGUACCAGCAUCACACAGACCUGAACCCCAUAGAGGUGGCUAUAGAUGAGAUGAGCAAGAAGGUGGGCGAGCUGAGACAGCUGGUUUCCACCAGUGAUGUGGACAUGAUCCGCCUGCAGCUCAAACUACAGGGCAGCAUCAGUGUCCAGGUAAAUGCCGGUCCCCUCGCAUAUGCCCGAGCUUUCCUGGAUGAUGCCAGCACCAAGAAGUAUCCUGACAACAAGGUCAAACAACUUAAAGAAGUCUUUAGGCAGUUUGUGGAGGCGUGUGGCCAUGGCCUGGGCAUCAACGAGCGGCUGAUCAAAGAGGACCAGCAGGAGUACCAUGACGAGAUGAAGGCCAACUACAGAGACCUGGCCAGAGAGCUGUCCGCCAUCAUGCACGAGCCAAUCAGUCCAGUGGAGGAUGGCAUGAAGAGCGUUCUUCCAGACUCGCUGCACAUCUUCAAUGCCAUCAGUGGCACACCCAGCGGUGCCACCAUCGCGGGCAUGCCCAACUCCUCCUCUGUGGUGUGAGACCCUCCGGGAUUGGCUGACCCCUGACCUCAACGCUCCGCAUGCAGGCGCCAACCAGUGUGCCAGAGCUGCCACGAGCCCCCAUUCCUGCUUCACCGCUCUCCUUAUCAUCAAGUUUGCUCUGACUAAAGUGAGACAAUAUUAAUGUUCUUUUAACCUUCUUUCACACCUUCUCUGGCUUGUCCCAUGGGUCAGGACAAAGGACUAUGUCGUUUUCUGUUUUCACUAUCGUAUACAGUACAGCCACUCUGGAGGAUGGGACCAGGGACAUUGAUCCAUGAGGACGACUGAACUAAAGGAGUUCCACAUGAACAGAGAGGGGUGGGGGGAGGGGGGGGUUGUCUAUCUGUGGAGCAGACAUACAGUAUGAGGGGAGACUGGUGUAUCCUCCACCCUGUAUCUGACUCUGACUGGGGUUCCUGUCUGUGUAGUGUUUGGGUUCCAUGAUAUAUAUAUAUGACAUCAAUGGUAGUGUUUCCUGUGGAGACGUCCCUGUAGGGAUCCUUAAAGCAACACAAAUGUGCAUGUGAUGUCACUAGCUCCUCAUCAGCCUUCUGUUGUCUCAUUGUUAUCUCUUUGUUUUGAUCAUUUGUCUUCUACUCUGAACUCUUCAAGUGAUUUUGUAUGUACAUUAUUCCACUUUGAUAAAUCUCAUAUUGAUGUCUUGGCGAACUAUAUAUGCUGCAUACAUUGGCAUUCAUCUCUCUGUACAUGUACAUGAAGACUUGUUAUGUUUCUACAAAGCUGCAACUUAUUGGAAAAAGAGCCUCCUAUGAAAACGUUAGCGUUCGACCUUAAUCACUGAAAUGUCUUAGAAUGGGAUUUUUCUUUUUUUAAGCCAUUUGCAUAUAAGUAUAUUCCAAGCUGUUCAUUCUUGUAUAUAAAAAAGGAGUGCAAUAUUUGUAUUUUGCAAGGUGUCUUGCUGUGUUGGGUUCAAUACACUGUAAGAUGAUGUUUGUCCUUCUUGCCAAAGCAAUGAGGUGUGGAUCUAGAGACGAGGCCUACUGUGGAAGUUAUAUGAAGCUUUUACCAUUUUAGUGUUCAUUCAAAUGUUAAUGAAAUCAUUUUAUAUUUGGGAAGCAUUGGGUUUUUUAUUUUUAUUUAACAGAAAGUCACUGUUCUGCUGUAUACAGAAAUGUUCCCUAAUGCUUUUCUUUUAAAUAAAAUUCACUCAUUUCUCUGCA